UUAAAAAAAAAGUUGGGAAAAACACAAAAAGAAUCUAGUAAAAUAUUUUUCACUUGUGUUUUAAUUUCGUAUUUCUUUCUUUGGACAACAAAUUGUUUCGAAAUUACAAAAACAUAAAACAGAUUUUAAGUUAAAUUUUCAUUUAAAUUUAAUUUUACUUCAACAAAAAUAAAACACAAAACAAAACAAUGAGCACAAGUGGAGACUCUUUAAAUAAUGCUCCAUAUUUAGGUGACUUUAUGGUCAAAGAUGAAGACGAUGAUGUAUCAGAUGAUUCUGGAAAGCAUACGAAUUCAUUUAUGCUUCGCGAACAGGAUAGAUUCCUUCCCAUUUGUAAUAUCAUCAAAAUCAUGAAAAUGCCCGUCCCAUCGAAUGGAAAAAUCGCUAAAGAUGCCCGCGAAUGCAUUCAAGAAUGCGUUUCAGAAUUUAUAUCAUUCAUAACUUCCGAGGCCAUCGAACGGAGUAUCUCGGAAAAUCGUAAGACUGUCAAUGGAGAUGAUCUGAUUUAUGCUUUUGCCACUCUGGGCUUUGAUAAUUAUGUUGAACCCUUAUCGUUGUACUUGCACAAAUUUAGAGAGUCAACAAAAUCAGAUCGGAAUAUAGCCUAUGGUGAUUCAGUUUUAUUCGAUGAAUCAGAUGAUUUUCGCAACCGUAAGCCUUAGCUUUAACAUAACAAGUCGUCGCAUCGCAUCGCGUCGUUUGGAAUAAUGUAUGUAAUGUACGUAGGAGGAUCGUCGCUUUUAUUUUAUUAAGAUACCUAUAAUAUAAUAGAUUUAAGUAUCAAAGAACACUUUUUUGUUUGAUCAUAAUUUACGAAACUUCUGAUUUCAUGAGGCAUCAUAACACAAUGAAAAUCAGUUUACCAAAAACCCACCCACUAACAUGGAACUUAAAAACAACAAUUAUGUAAAUCGGCACAUUAUGCACUUUUCUCAGGAACUGGGGAGUGUUGUUGGCUAAAUGAACCAUAAAUUGGUGCGAGUUUAAUUUUUUUGAAUUUAAAACAAAGAAAAAUAUAGCAAGCAUCUUAAAACAAACAGAGUAAUAAUAAAGAAAAGUAACAUUUUAUUUAUUUUUUAAAUAUGUAAA